AGGCAGGUGGAGUGAGGCAGGUGUGAUGUUGGACAUGAAGGAAACUGAAGGAAGUCUGCACUCCUCCUCCUCUGCUCAUGCGUGACUCCGCCCCCGGAAACGGAAGUCUGUAUGCGCGCGGAGUUUAAUUUGAGCAGCAUCUCGCGCGCCGGUCAGUGGGUUUCAAAACAGCAGCGAGCAAUAAUCGAUAAUCAGCGAUCGAUCCGUGAACAUGGCGACCCCCCCGAAGAGGCCGUGCCCCCCUCCCCGCAGCCCGCCGCUGAACGGCAGCUUUUCCCGUCAAAGGAAGGAGAAGAAGAUCUCCAUCGAAGGAAACAUAGCUGCAGGAAAGUCGACAUUUGUGCGCCUCCUUCAGGCAGCAUCAGAGGACUGGGAGGUCAUCCCUGAACCCAUUGGCAAGUGGUGCAACGUGCAGAAUGACAGCGAUGACGUUUACCUGGAGCUGAGCUCAUCUCAAAAGAGUGGAGGAAACCUGCUGCAGAUGCUGUACGAUAAACCCAGCCGCUGGUCCUACACCUUCCAGAGCUACGCGUGUCUGAGCAGAGUUCGAGCUCAGCUUCAGUCGCCAUCAAUCAAACUUCAGCAGGCAGAAAACCCCGUCCAGUUCUACGAGCGCUCCGUCUACUCCGACAGGUACGUGUUUGCGUCAAACCUGUUUGAGAGUGGCGACCUGUCGGAGACGGAGUGGAGUGUGUAUCAGGACUGGCACACCUGGUUAAUGAACCAGUUUGAGUCCGACAUCGCUCUCGACGCCAUCAUCUACCUCAGAGCCCCGCCACAGCGCUGCAUGCAGCGGCUGCUUCAUCGCGGCCGGCAAGAAGAGCAGGAAAUUCCUCUGGAGUACCUUGAGCAGCUGCACUUCAAACAUGAAGCCUGGCUCUACCACAGGAACCUCAGGUUGGACUUUGAUUAUUUGAGCGAACUUCCUGUUCUCGUCCUGGACGUCAACGACGACUUCAAGAACGACCGCAUCAAACAGGAAGCCAUCAUCGACAAGGUCAGAGAGUUUCUCACCACACUGUGAAGCUCAUCCACCAAUGAGAGGUGCUGGGAGAAGUGGUGGCGCGUCUGAUUGGAAGACUGAUGUGUUUGUUUUUUUGUUGUUGUUUUGUUUCUUUAACUUGUUUUUAUAUUUUUGUAGUUUAACUGUGUGUGUG